AUGCCCGACAUACCGAGCCCUAAGAAACGCCCACGAACUAGUCACAAUGACGAGACCGCACCGCCCGACCCCGAUAAAACACCACCAUCGAGCAAGACAUCGUGGUCCCGGAGCAGCUCCCCUUCAAAGCGCUUCCAGAAGAUCGGGAGCCUCGUCGCCCUCACGGUACCAGUCCACUUCACCCAGACACAGAUCCUCGGGACAGCGCUCCCAGCCGACGCCCAAGGCUUGCUCAAGACGCUAUCGGCGGUCCGGGGGAAGGCUCGGCUACUACCGGCUGUGCUUCGCUCGCACCCGGACUUUCACGACGACGACGAUAUACUGGAUUUUAUGUGGUCUGAUGAUUUUGAAGGCCAGGACACUAUACAAGAAUAUAAGGCGGCGCAGCGGAACCACGAGGAGCUACGCCCUCGCAACGAGAGAUAUGCCCUCCCUAUGAUCGAGCCCGCCAUGUCGGCGCAGAUUAUGCCAGCGUUCCGCCCACUUCUAGCAUCAGGUCAACAGAUACUGCUGCCGUCCUCGUCGUCCAUCUCCAGUGCCACUGGCGGCAGCCGCGAGUCGGCACACGGCGGCGAAGCCGCACCUGCGCCUCGGCCCGCAGCCGCCAUCGGGUUGUCGGUCCAUAAGAUGGUCGACUACGUGGUGGCCCUGCGGCCCUCGGACAAGUUACGGGUGCUCAUCGACGCAUUCCUUCUAGGGGAGCCCCAGGAGAGGGACUCUAUCAACCAGACACGCUACACGCCGUUGCAGAAGCGCCCCGCGCCUAUAUUCAUCGAGACCAAGACGACAUCAGGCGUACGGGACAGCGCGAGUGUGCAGCUGGGCGUGUGGCUGGCGGCGUGGUACGAGCGUCUGCGCAACAUAACGGCGCUGGCGGGCAGCCCGCAGGAGAAACUAUUAACGCUGCACUGA